AUGGAUAACCAGGGACACAUUCAGGAAGGACACCUGGACGACGAGACCGACGAUAUUGAUCUCGAUAAUAUCCUUAUGGCAGUUGUACUCUUAGGUGUCAUGUUCUUUGACCCACACUUUAAUCGUGUCCCCAGAAGAAGAAGAGUUCGAAAUAGUGCACUCUCGGGGAGGGACUAUGUACUUGAGCUGAUAAACGGACAUGAAGACAGAAUUAUUGAGAACAUGCACUUGGAUGUUCCCCAAUUCCUGUUGUUGUGUGAUUUAUUGGUUCAGUGUGGUUACUGGCAUGCAUAUCCUUCUCAUAGGGUGGGGGUUCAUGAAUAUGUUGUUUUAACUCUAAUAUGCCUGAGCCAUGAUGAGCGACACCGGGUUCUAGCCGAGCGGUUCCAGCAUUCAACAGAUACGAUUGAUCAACAUGUUUGUCGUGUCUUACGAGCCUUUGUUCGGGUCGGUCGUGAUCUCGUUAGGCCAGCAAAUUUCGAUGGGACUCAUCCCAGGAUUUUGAACAAUGCAUUGCUCAUGCCGUGGUUUCGAGUCGGUUGGAAGGGUAGUACUCAUGAUGCCCGAAUUCUCCAAGAAACCUUGCAAGAUCCGAAUUCGGAUUUUCCUAUGCCACCGCAGGGAAAAUAUUAUGCGGUAGAUGCUACUUACAUUAAUAUGCCAGGAUUUAUGGCACCGUUUAGGGAUGCACGGGGCAUGCAUCAUGAGCGGGCAGCUAAAGCGCUGUUCAACAGGCGGCAUGCAUUAGUUAGAAAUAUUAUUGAGCGAACGUUUGGGGUUCUUAAUAAGCGUUUUUCAAUACUUAAGGGUGCAAUGCAGAACUACCUAAUAGCAACUCAAAAUAAUAUUGUGCUUGCAUGUUGUACUUUGCACAAUUUUAUGUGUGCUUAUUCCCUAGCGGAUGAGUAUUUCAACGAAAAAGCUGCCCUCGGAGCCUUUGCAGAUGCACAGAUAGCAGGGGAGCAACAUGAGUCGGGUUAA